AGGUACCUACUUGGUAAUGUUCUGACAAUUCAUGAAUCUUGCCACCCAUGCUUGCAUGGAUUAUGCCCUCGCCUCCUGUGCGUAGUACUAUGCACUGCUGUACUCACACUCGCCUUUAUUAUUAGUCGAGCCUUCUCUCACCGCCGAUGACCAACUAAGCCAAUGCCACCAGUGGCACUCCCCCAGAACGACCUCUUUGCUUUGUCAACCCAACAACUAUAAUUCACUCUUGGUCCAUCAUCCGCGAACCGUCACUUUGAUCUUUAUCAUUAUCGCCACCUGUUCUGAUACUAUUGCUUGUCUACCGAUAUUAGUGAUGCAAAGUCCGCGGGCGCGGGCCACGUUGAUGUCCAUCCCCAUGUUUUGUUUCAUUUAAUCUGCGAUGAGUCUGUCAUCGACCUCUGGGAGCGGGAGUGACUCCGACUACCACGCAACAACUCCACCCACUUCAUCUCGCUCUCGUCCUCGUCCUCAACCACCACCACGAAAUCGUCAUCCCUCCUACCAAAUUCCUCGCUCCGAAUUGCCACCCUCAAUACCUCUUCCAUCCUCUUCCAAUACAGCCUCUGCUGUUCACACACCUGCUCAACCUCCUCGACUUCCCUCUCCUCGACUCUUCCGCGCUUGGUUCUCCACCUCGGACGAGAAUUCUUCACGCAGACAGAUUACCUUACCUCCGGCUUCCUUUGACGGCACCGGCCAGGACGUCACCCGGGCCUUUCAGUCCGCCAAUAGAGCUGUGAGGACCGCUCAAGAGGCUUUCCAGUCCACCAGGCCAACGACGGACAACAUUGCUCUCGAUUUAACUGAGAGCAGUCCUGGAAGCCAUCCCGCCCAGCCUACUUUUCAACAUGCCGCACAUCUUCACACCCGUUCCUCCCCCAGACACCUGAAUCCGACGUCUCGUACCGAUUCCAGCUAUCCACUUCCUGUCCACACGACUUUAGCUGCUCAUUACCACAACCUGUGGAACUAUUUACCUCGUCUCCACGGCUUCGGCGUUCAUGAACUUCCUUCAGCGAAUUCCGAUCUCAACGUCCUCCAAGAUCAAGAAGCUAUACACAGACAGAGAGACAAUCACAGAAAUUGGCAACGUACGCAGGCCAGAAACCGCGAGCGAAAUCAUAACCAACCAGAAACAAUGUCCCCUCCCCGCCCCUCCACCUCGAACUCACAGCCUUCUCCCAAAACCUCCCGACGGCCCAUGUCUCAAAAUGCAAAUACAAUAGACCCUGCGAUAGAGUCUGUUGAUCUCACCGAGGUCGAUGACAGUACUGCAUUAUCAUCACUUCUCGCCAAGCAACGACAAGAUGCUAUCCUAGCCCAGAACGCCGGAAACGAGUCUGGCCGCACACCGUUUACUGCCUACAAAUGUCCAGUCUGCAUGGAAAGCCCAACAGAUGCGACGACCACCGUCUGUGGCCAUGUCUUCUGUCACCGCUGCAUUGUCGACACCCUCAAGUGGUCGAUAGAGCAGCGCCGCCAUGAUCUACCAGCAAAUCGAAAAACAAAGGGUGUUUGCCCCGUGUGUCGAAAGCCGCUCGACAUCAAAGACACAGGAACUGGCCGGCAUUUGAUUCCGCUUGAGAUAAAGCUGAUGGUUCGACUGAAAAGAAAGCGCGAUGAGCACCAGGACAAAGGCAAAGGCAAAGCCAGGCUUUCCAAGGUCGAGACGCUUAGUAGCGACGAUGACAACUCCGCGCCUUCCAAGAAGAGAAACAAGGAGAAUAUUCGAGCUGGCAAAGCACGACAGCGGGAGUCGACGGAAGAGGCAUUAUGGGGAGAGUUGAUUGAGGAACCUCCUUCAGACUAAGGACUGUCCGAUAUGGAAUUGGGGAUAAGGGUUUUACGAGGCUUUUUGUCUGCCUGUGAAAAUCUUGGACUGGCAGGCAGUCAGUCAGUGUUAGUACAGGCAAAGACCGGGAGAGAAAAGCUGUUCCAGACAUGCAGAUGGCAUACUGCUGAAUUGGCCUUUUGUUGUCUCCACAUGCAUCAUGAUACCCAUGAAAAUUCAUAAUGAAAACAAUAGAGAGCAUUAAUUGCAUAUUAAAG